CUUCGGCUCGAUCUCGAGCUAGAAACCACCGAAGCUGGCAACAAACAGAUGCAACUCAUCUCGGAGACAAAUCGAAACACAAGUCAACAGAUCGUGCUCGCUAGGGAGACCUCCGAACUGGCCAGCCAACAACUUGCCCUGAACAGAGAGACCCAUGAAGCGGUCCGGCAACAGCUCUUGCUCAUCCAAUAA